AUGGGGAACUGCAGGUCUUUGAAGGUGCUCUUCUUGCUGUGCCAAGUCCAGUGUUUGCCAUCUGUAGCUGCUGCAGGGAUCCAACCACAAUAUUUAAACAACUGCCCAAGUAAUGAAACGCAAAAAAGAAACGAUCUUGAGAACAGAACGACUGACUCUGUCCCCAUCGUUGAGUUUCCAACCACGUCUGGCAGCUUGAGACGCAUGAAGAGGGAGUGGGUUAUUCCUGCAAUUAACUUUCCAGAAAACGACAGGGGUCCAUACCCCAAAUUUAUGGUGAAGCUUAAGUCCAGUUAUGACGAAAAGGUGGCCAUAACCUACAAGAUCAGCGGACCGGGGGCAGAUCAGCCCCCAGAGGGUGUUUUUACCGUCGAUCGGCGAUUUGGGGGGAUGUAUGUGACCCAGCCGCUGGACAGGGAGAAAAAGGACAAAUACAUUCUGUGGGCUCAUGCGCUGAAUGAAGGAGCAAAGGCAGAAGAGCCCAUGGAGCUGAUCAUCAACAUCAUUGACCAGAACGACAACGCUCCAGCUUUCAUUCAGAACCCUGUUGUUGGCAGAGUGAGCGAAAGCGCCGAUGUUGGUGAUUCCAUUGUAAAGGUAACAGCAGUGGAUAAGGACGAUCCAAACACAAACAACGCUGUGAUCAGGUAUAGGAUACGAUCUCAGACGCCGCAAAUUCCCAAAGACGUUAUGUUUGGCAUCAAUCCAGUGAGUGGAAUGAUCAGCCUGAGGGCAGGUGGACUGGACAGAGAGACUCACCCAGAGUACAACCUGAUCGUACAAGCUGCUGAUAUGGAAGGAGAGGGUUUGACAGCUACCUGCACCGUUAUUAUUGUCAUUGCUGACAGCAACGAUAACGCUCCACAAUUCUAUGUGACAUCUAUAUCCACAUCAGUCCCUGAGAGUGAGGUUGGAGUGGAGGUAGCAAGACUCAGGGUCACGGACGAGGAUGAGCUGGGAUCUCCAAACGCCAACACGAAAUACUCAAUAAUCGCAGGCAACAAAGGGGGAGAGUUCAACAUCACUACAGGCCCUAAUAAAAUGGAGGGAAUCAUCAGGACAGCAAAGGAGCUGGACUUUGAGCACAUUCCUGCCUUUACUCUGCUGGUGGUGGUGACUAACGAGGCGCCGUUUUCUGGACCGGUGUCUACGUCGACAGCCACAGUCACCGUAAAAGUCAUCGACGUGAACGAACCUCCCGUCUUCAGUCCAGCAGAGGUGCACGUUAGCAUCUCAGAGGACGCGAAAGUAGGAAAUUCUGUGGUGGACCUCAGAGCAAAAGACCCAGACGCAGCCAGGAAACAGACUGUUAGAUAUAAACUCUACAACGACACUUCCAGGUGGCUGAGCGCUGAUGUUAACACAGGAUCGGUCAACGUUAAAAGCAGCAUGGACAGAGAAUCCCUCUAUGUCAAAGACAGCAAAUACACAGUCCUCAUUUUGGCUUACGAUGAUGAUAACGUUCCAGCGACAGGCACAGGAACUCUGGUUGUGCAUUUACUAGAUGUGAACGAUCAUCGUCCUGUGAUCAAGCAGAGGAAAGUCAGUCUAUGCAACAGUCACCCUUUUCCUGCCCUCCUGGACAUCAUGGACCCAGAUGGGCCUAGUCACGCUGGACCAUUUACUGUGGAGCUUCAAGGGGACUACACAACUUUAUUCUGCAUUUUCCCCUCCUGUACAGCUAACGUGGCAGCUCUGGCCCCCAAACGAGACUUAUCUCCUGGCGACUACUAUGUGCUGAUGCGCAUUUAUGAUGCUGGCAUGCUCUACCAAGACAGCACUCUAUACGUAGAGGUGUGCCAAUGCGACGGCGCCGUCUCCACCUGCUUCAUCCCUCCUCCUGCCCCUCGGACGCUCAUUCCGUCUCUCACAACCUCAGCUCUGGGGGCGGUUUUUGGUGUUCUGUUGCUGCUUCUGCUCCUCCUGUUGUUGCUGAGAAGGAGAAGGAGGAAGUUGAGGAAGGAUGCUCCUCUUCUUGAAGAUCUGCCCAGAGACGACGUCUUCUGCUACGACGAGGAGGGAGGAGGCGAAGAGGACAAGGACUACGACCUGAGCCAACUCCACAGAGGGCUCGAUAACCGACCCGAGGUCUUCUGCACCGACGUGUUUCCCACCGUCCAGAGCCGCCCCUGCUACCGGCUACAAAUCCAAGAUAACGAGGAGAUUAGCAAAUUCAUCGAGGACAACCUGUGUGCUGCAGACGGUGACCCCGCAGCUCCUCCCUACGACUCCCUCCUGGUGUUUGACUAUGAAGGUGCCGGUUCUGAGGCGGACUCACUCAGCUCCAUCGGUUCGUCAGACUCGGACGAGGAGCAGGACUUUCGGAGCUUAGGGCAAUGGGGACAACGUUUCAGCAGAUUGGCUGACCUGUACUCAGGGGGCGUAGAGGAGGACGACGACUCUGAAACACUGCCAGGAAAAACAGAAUGGGUCUGACAUGCCCCUGCAUAUUUAUAAAUCCUCUAAAUUUGUGUCCAUCUGCCCGAGAUCCUCAGAGUGCUGUGUGACCUCCUUCUGCUGCCUUCUGCGGCCUGUCAGAAUUUUUUAUUUUUUUUAUUUUGCACCAGCUUGUUGCUGGAAUGUUUGGUGAAAAUAUCUUUAAAAAAAACAAGAGAUAUAUUCAGUAGCGUGUCCCUGUAUCCGACUGAAUGUCAGUACUUUUAUAUAACGCUUGUUUUUCUAUAUGUUUUAUUGUUGUAAGUGUUUAAUUUCACCUGUUCAGGUCUAAACCUUAGUACACAAAUGAAUCUUUCAUUCUCCAACAA